UCGAGAUCCACCUCCUUGAGGAUUUAAGCCCAGCAGUACUGGGCUAUUGCCAGUCAGAAUGUCUGCCAAAUUGAGAGAGUCGCCAAUGCUCGUAACACAAACUUCAGAGGAGGCUGACGGGAUCCUGACAGUGAAGAUGGAAGAGGAAGAAGAGGCUUGUGAUGCAGUCUCUAGCCUCCACUGGAGCAGCUCCCAUGACCCAGAGACUUGUCGUCAGCAGUUCAGGCAGUUUGGCUACCAGGAUUCACCUGGGCCCCGAGAGGCUCUGUGCCGCCUCCGGGAACUUUGUCAUCUCUGGCUGAGGCCCGAGGUGCAUACCAAAGAGCAGAUCCUAGAGCUGCUGGUGCUGGAGCAGUUCCUGGCCAUGCUUCCAGAAGAGCUGCAGGCCUGGGUGCAGAAGCAUUGUCCAAAGAGUGGAGAGGAAGCUGUGACUCUGCUGGAGGAUGUGGAGAGAGAUCUUGAUGGGCCUGAACAGGUCUUGUUUUUUGAACGAAGAGAGGACAUGAUUGCAGAGACGCUAGCAGCUGGGGAAGAGACUGAGGAGUUUCCGAGUAGCCAGCUCAAGCCUGCCAAGAAGCAGCUCCAGUGGGCAUCGGAGGAACUGUGCUCCUUAAGACAAACUGAGGAAGACCCCAAAAACAUAAAUGUGAAGUCAGCUUCGAGGCAAAAGACCUCUUCCGGCAUAGAACUGCAUUAUGAUGUUUCCGACGCCCUUCGUGCAGACGCUCCCCAGAGCUCUACAUCCAGGGAAGCCUGCGAACAAGACGGCAGGUUGGAAAGAAGACAGAGAAACCCCCCUCAGAAAAAACAACACAAGUGUGAUGAGUGUGGAAAAAUCUUUAGCCAGAACUCAGCCCUUACUUUACAUCGGAGAAUCCACAGUGGAGAGAAGCCGUAUGCCUGUGACCAGUGUGCAAAGGCCUUCAGCCGAAGCGCAAAUCUGAUUCAGCAUCGAAGAAUCCACACAGAUUCAAAAUUUGAGAAUAAGAUUGAGGAUGCACACAAGGCUAUGUACCUCAAGACCUAGGCUAAAAAUUCCAGGGUAGUUGUUAGAAGGUAGGUAAAUAAAAGGACUGAAUCUCUUACAAAAGCUCACAAGCGCCUACAUACCACUGGUGAUACUAUGUUGGAAAAAAUAAUAUUUACAAUGUAAUUUGGAAAGAACUCAAUAGAAACAGAUGACUUUUUACACAUCUUCAAGGAGUUACCUAAACAUAAGGAAUGCUUUUAUUAUAAACAAGGCUGUUCUAUGGGUCCUUAUAUAAGGUUAAUGAUCGUUUUAAUAUAAACAAAAAAGGGAGAUGAAAAACAAAAUUGUCCAAACAAGACUGAUGUAACACAAAUGUUGGCAAGGGUCAAGUAUAAUGGAGUCGUGUGCCACAGCUUACUUGGGCAGCUCAUAACUGCCCUAAAAUGUUCUCUUUUCUGGCAUAAGCCAGCUGUGAAUCUCUUUCAGGCAUCAUUAAGACAGCCUUUGCAGGGUCUUGUGCUUUCUCAGAUGAAUUUUUGGAUAUACUGUCAUGAAAUGAGAUUUUCAUUUUGAUGUUCUUAGACAACUGAAAUCAAUUCAGUCUGAGGGAUCCACUGCAGUCCCUUAUAAACUAUUGUUGAACCUAAAUUAAAGCUUACACAUUUUAAGACAACAUUUCUAUCAUAUCUUACUUGCUUUGGGUCUAUGGGAUAGGAAUAGCUAGAAGUUACACUUGUAUUUAAUUCAUUCACAUUCCCUGAUUAAAAAUAAAAUGACUGUACUGACUUGGUAUUAAAAUUAUUCUAACCAUACAAACAACAUAAUGGUAUCUUUUCUAGAGAUUCUUAUACAACUCUGUAAUGUAUUAUAAGAAUACUCACAAAGAAGAUUAUAUUUUCCAUGGUGCUACAGUUAUCCAGUCUGGAGGCAAAAAUCAGAAGUGAGUCCUUGGAAGAAGAGAAGAGGCCCCUAGUCAACUUCUUUGUCAUAAAGUGUAGACAUUUCAUUCUCAGAAAAUCCAACUGUAUCUGGUGCUUAGAGUAACUCCAGAAAAUGGAAUUACUUUUCUCUCUUAGUAU